AUGGCUCCCUCUCGUUCAAGUCUCACAAAGGAAUCCUCACUUGCCCAAUCCCUUGCCCAAUCCCUUGCAGCUAGAUACAAACCAGCCGGCGUUAGCAAGCCAAUUGCGCGAGCAAAAGCCGCAAAACCAGUCGCCAGAGCCACGACUACACGGCCUGCCACCCGCGCCUACGCUAAGAAGGUGAAAGAAGUGAAAUCAGAGGAACCAGAGGAGGAGAGUCCUAUCCGAGUGGUCUCCGAAGUGGUUCCAACUGUCAUUGCGCGUCCCACCCUCCAGCCGAGCGCCCUCCCCGCCCCAAUCGCCCCCGCCAACACUGAGACAGAGCUCGAAAACCUCAUGACCAUCGGCCGCGAGCAAGUCGAGAAAGAACUCAAGGAUAGAAUCAAGGAAGAGCGGGAGAAGAAGCUUCUGCUUGAGAAGCAGAAGACUGCGUUUAGGAAGUACCAGAGUUACCUUGCAGGCCUGAAAGGUUUGGAGGAGGACCUGGGGGUCUUGAAGGCGGAUAAUCGCAUGGAUGAGGACACGGUGAUGGAGCUCGCGGAGGACUUCCGUGAGAACACGAUGAAGUGGGCUAGGCUGUUUGAGAAGUACGCGGAGGAGUUGGGGAUUACGGUUUUUGACAUUCGGAAGUUGGGGGAGGCGUGGUGA